CUUACUUGGAUGACUGGACGCAAAGCAAGUGACGCGCGCGCGUGUGUGAACUGUUUCCGAGUGAUGUGCACCUUAGUCCGAAGAAGAUCAAGCCAAAUCUGUGCGUAAUUAGCAGUGAAGUUUAUACCCACCAUAUUCCGAUCAAUUAGCAGCUAAUCGAUGGUGAAGUUAAAGUGCAAUUUUUGAAUUUUGUGUGUAAAAUGUCGACGGUGUGUCCCAACUCACCCAAGUUGAUUCUAGAUAUCAGCAACAAUCAGUUCGAUAGUCCUCAGCAUCCGACGAGUUCUAGUGCCAACAUUGAAUAUUCCCAGAAAAUGAUCAAAGUGGAGUCCUAUGAAAACCUAGACAGUGCCAGUAUGAAUCACCACCACGUGGGACAUCAGCAGUCCCAUCAUACGAUACACUCCGGACCGGACUUUACCACCUUGAUGCCUCCUCAAUCCUCGACCCCGUCUUCUACCAUCUACGUCUAUCAGUCCCCCUCCAUUGUGACGACGCACGUCGUUCCGGUGAUUGACUCCCUAAACGUCCCUCGUGGUGACAUUAUGGCGCCUGCCAUGAUCAACGGGUCCAUAGCCUGCAAAAAACGGAAACUUGACGCCGACUACGAUUACGAGUUCGAUCAAUCAUCACUCAGCCCUACGGCUGACGGCAAACGUCUCCGUUACGAUGGUAACGGCUAUGGCUACGCUCCCACGGACUACCACCCCUCAAACAACUACGCCGCUCUUCCCGAAUUCACCAACAUGGAAGCAGACCACCCGUCCUCCAGAAUGAUGCAUACCGUCCCCAUAUCCUACUCCGAUCCUACUCACUACGGUAUCUACUACCAAAACGACACCCCCUGCAGCGUAGAGAACGACAACUCCUCCAUUUCGGUAACUUCCUCGCCGAAUAAACCAGAAGACGCCAUCUACCCCCAGCACCAUCACCUCCACCAUCCGAACCCUCCAUCCUCCUCCUGUAUGAUAAGCAGCACGGUUCACACCGCCGUCCCAACCCCCGGCAGCAACUCAUCUCCGUCGUCCUGCGUUACAACGAGUACAACUUCCUCCACCUCCUCGUCAAACCCGGAAGUAACUCCAAGUGACACGAGACCAGCACAUGCCGCCAAAUCAGGCAGGAAAUCCCGCAACAACAGGGUCCGCAAGCGGCACGUACGGGAAUCGAUUAGCUUCGAGGAGCUCCAGACCCAGCGGGUCAUGGCCAACGUGCGGGAACGGCAGCGGACGCAGAGCUUGAACGAAGCUUUCGCGUCGCUGAGGAAAAUCAUUCCAACCCUGCCGAGCGAUAAGCUGAGCAAGAUCCAAACGCUGAAGUUGGCUUCCAGGUACAUCGACUUCCUGUAUCGGGUCCUGUCGAACAAUGAGCUGCCGCUGUUGGAAGAGACCCAGAAGAAUCUGGCCAACUCGGGCGCCACCGGAACGGGACCGCUGCAGUUCAACGGCAGUGGUAUCCUGGCGCACGAAAAGCUCAGCUACCUGUUCAGCGUUUGGCGCAUGGAGGGCGACUGGAGCAACGGGAGCAGUUCCGGAAGUAGCAGCGGUAAGGAAGAGGGCGGCCUACUUUAGAAAGGCAACUGAAAACUAUGAACAAAAAUACGAGGAAAGUAUUAUUUAGUGCUAAGUCUUAUUGUUCCUACAAUGAAAAAUAAAAAUAUGACAUGCAACGAGCAGACACAACUGUAUAUUUGUGAAAGGAAGCAGCUUCGUCCAAAGAGAAAAGAGUUUGUGAAGAUGAAAAUAAUUCCAAAAAAUCAAAACACUAGUGUGUAAGCGAAUCUAGAAGUGUAAGAGCUAAAAGCCAACAAACUGUAUUAAAUGUUGUUACAAAGUGCCAGACAAUUUGGGAAACAGGAUGAAUCGUCCGUGCUUGACCAAGUCAAGCGUGGAUUUUGGUGGAUUCUGAUGUGGAAGAGGAUACAACCAAAUCAAAUGUGGUACGGUAUAAUCGCUUUAAAGGCGACUUUAAAGGCUGAUUUAUGCUCGCUCCAUUCAUUAAGCAUUUCCAUUUUAUGUAUGUUUUACGUUCUUCUCUAUUUUUUUUCCUCCUAUCUGUAAUAUUCUGUUGACGGUCAAGCUUAAAAGUUAAGGUGUAAUCAUGUGACUGACGGAACCGUUUGUGCCAUAGAAAUCCAAAGAACGCUACAAAGAUACAAUAAACAUUUGAAAGUUCA